CCGAAAGAACCACCGGGAAGGGGUGAGCGGAAGAUAGUAAAGGAACGUAUUGUUUCAUUAGUGCUGAGUUAGGUCUGGUACGGCUUUGCGUCAACUCGCUAGCUGGGAGUGGUGCGGCGGUUUUGAGCGCUCGUUGUGGAGUGAGUCUGGACGUCGGUGGAAGCGACGGGGGAAAGAGGCUCAACACGUGACUGUUACGAGGAAGGACGCUGUCCUGCGUGGUUGCCUGGAGCUGCCUUGGGACGUUUCGGGGAAAGUUUGCCCUUCCAGCCUUUGUACAUCCCGAAGUGCGAUCUCUGCUUCGGACGCCCAGAGCAGCAGAGAGCAGACUCCCCCGGACCCAGCUGUGUCUCCAUGGGGCGCUCAAAAAAGAAAAAAAAGAAAGAUGGUAAUCACCAACCUUCUAAGAAAAGAAGGAGGCAGCAGAGAGCAGACUCCCCCGGACCCAGCUGUGUCUCCAUGGAGCGCUCAAAAAAGAAAAAAAAGAAAGAUGGAAAUCACCAACCUUCUAAGAAAAGACACCAUGAGAGGUCAAAGGUUACCAGUGCUCAGUCUGUACAGCAGCAUCAACCAGAGCUGGCGAUGAACCAGGAGGAACUGGCCGACACACUGUGGGGCGCGGAGCUUCGAAGGAUCCGUUCUGAAUUUGUGAAGGGAGUUUCACGCGCAGUUAUCAAAGGUCUCCUGGAUGACCUUUAUCAUCAUGAAGUGUUCAGUUCUGAGGAAAAGGAUUCUGUGAUGGAGGAGCAGAGGGGCAGAGCGGACCGAGCACGUGGUCUGAUCGACAUGGUGAUCGCUAAAGGGGAGAGAGCAAGUCAGAUGAUGAUCGAUAUUUUUAAGAAGAGGGACAAACUAUUAUGCUCCACCCUGGGUCUGAUGUCUUCUCCUGCUGGUGUGGGAUCUGCUGUCGAGUGCCAACAUAAAAUCAAGUCUCGUAUAAAGGAGAAUUCCUGCUGUGUGUUUGAGGGAAUCGCUAAACCAGGACAUUCAACACCUCUGAAUGACAUCUACACAGAGCUCUUCAUCACACAGAGAGGCAGUGGAGAGGUCAACAAGGAACAUGAGGUCAGACUGACUGAAGCAGCUUUCAGGAAACCAUUCAAGGAGGAAACACCAAUAAAAUGUGGAGACAUCUUCAAACCCUUACCUGGAAAAGAUAAAUCAAUCCGGACAAUAAUGACAACUGGAGUGGCCGGCAUUGGUAAAACCAUCUUAACAAAAAAGUUCACCCUGGACUGGGCUGAAGACAAAGCCAACCAAGAAAUACACUUCACGUUUCUCUUCACUUUCAAAGACCUGAAUUUACUAAAAGGGGAAGAAUUUAGCUUGGUGGAACUUCUUCAUCAUUCCUUUAUUGAGACCAAAGAAGCAGGAAUCUGUAGAUAUGACCGGUUCAACGUUGUCUUCAUCUUGGAUGGUCUGGAUGAGUGUCGACUUCCAUUGGACUUCCAGAACAACACAAUCUGGACUGAUGUCACAAAGUCCACCACGGUGGACGUGCUGCUGACAAACCUCAUCAAGGGCAAACUACUUCCCUCUGCUCGCAUCUGGAUAACCACACGCCCUGCGGCAGCCAAUCAGAUCCCUGCUGAGUGUGUUGACAGGGUGACAGAGGUGAGGGGGUUCACCGACUCACAGAAGGAGGAGUACUUCAGGAAGAGAUUCAGAGACGAGGCACUGGCCAACACAAUCAUCUCCCACGUCAAGAAAUCCCGAAGCCUCCACAUCAUGUGUCACAUCCCAGUCUUCUGUUGGAUCACUGCUACAGUUCUGGAGGACAUCUUAAAAACAUCCAAGAGAGGAGAAGAGAUGCCCAAGACCGUGACUCAGAUGUACAGCCACUUCCUGAGGGUUCAGUCCAUACAGGGGGACAGAAAGUACCAUGACCAAGGACCAAGGAGAUCUGAAACAGAUCCACACUGGAGUUCAGAGAGCAACGAGAUCAUCGUUUCUUUGGGAAAACUGGCUUUUAACCAGCUGGAGAAAGGCAACCUGAUCUUCUACGAGGAAGACCUGGCAGAGUGUCACAUCGAUAUCAAAGAAGCCUCAGUGUACUCAGGAGUGUUCACCCAGAUCUUUAAAGAGGAGUUUGGGCUUUACCAGGCCAGGGUGUUCUGCUUUGUCCAUCUGAGCCUCCAGGAGUUUCUGGCUGCCCUUUAUGUCUUUCUGUCGUUCAUCAACAAUGGUGUCAAUCUGCUCUCAGAAAAACCACCCACCUUUGGGGAAGAUAAACUCCUCCUCCUCUACCAGAGUGCUGUGGACAAGGCCUUACAGAGUAAGAACGGACACCUGGACUUGUUCCUCCGCUUCCUCCUGGGCCUCUCUCUGGAGACCAAUCAGAUUGUCCUACGAGGUCUGCUGGGACGGACAGGAACUAGCUCACUGACCAAUACAGAAACGGUGUCUUACAUCAAGGAGAAGAUAGAUGGAGAUCUCUCUCCAGAGAGAAGCAUCAAUCUGUUCCACUGUCUGAAUGAGCUGAACGACCGUUCUCUAGUGAAGGAGAUCGAACAGUCCCUGACAUCAGGAAGUCUCUCCGGAAAAUAUCUCUCUCCUGCUCAAGUGUCAGCUCUGGCCUUCAUCCUACUGACAUCAGAAGAGGAGCUGGACGUGUUUGACCUGAAGAAAUACUCUGCUUCAGAGGAGGGUCUUCUGAGGCUGCUGCCAGUGGUCAAAGCCUCCAAAACAUCUCUGCUCAAUGGCUGUCGUCUAUCAGAGGAAUGCUGUGAAGCUCUGGCCUCAGUUCUCAGCUCCAGCUCUAGUCUGAGAGAGCUGGACCUGAGUUCCAAUAAUCUACAGGAUUCCGGAGUGAAGCUGCUCUCUGCUGGACUGGGGAGUCCACACUGUACACUGGUAACUCUCAGGCUCAAUGGCUGUGAUCUGUCAGAGAGAUGCUGUGAAGCUCUGGCCUCAGUUCUCAGCUCAGACUCCUGUAGUCUGAGAGAGCUGGACCUGAGUACCAAUGAUCUGCAGGAUUCAGGAGUGAAGCUGCUCUCUGCUGGACUGGGGAGUCCACACUGUACACUGGACACUCUCAGGCUCAAUGGCUGUCAUUUGUCAGAGAGAUGCUGUGAAGCUCUGGCCUCAGUUCUCAGCUCCAACUCCUCUCGUCUGAGAGAGCUGGACCUGAGUACCAAUGAUCUGCAGGAUUCAGGAGUGAAGCUGCUCUCUGCUGGACUGGGGAGUCCACGCUGUACACUGGAAACUCUUAGCUUGUCUGGCUGCCUGGUCACACAGGAAGGCUGUGCUUCUCUGGCCUCAGCUCUGAGCUCCAACCCCUCCCAUCUGAGAGAGCUGGACCUGAGCUACAAUCACCCAGGAGACUCUGGAGCUGCGCUGCUCUCUGCUGGACUGGAGGAUCCACGCUGGAGACUGGACACUCUCAGUGUGGAGCACGGUGGAGUGUGGAGGCUGGAACCAGCUCUAAAGAAGUAUGCCUGUGACUUCACACUGGACCCCAACACGACCUACAGAGAACUCUCUCUGUCUGAGAACAACAGGAAGGUGAUGUGGGGUGGAGAGGACCAGUCGUAUCCGGAUCACCCAGACAGAUUUGACUCCCAGCCCCAGGUGUUGGGUAGAGAGGCUCUGACUGGCCGCUGUUACUGGGAGGUAGAGUGGGAAGGAUGGGUUGGUAUAGGAGUGACAUACAGAGGAAUCACAAGGAGAGGAGAGGGUGAUGACAGCUGGCUUGGAGGGAACAACAAGUCCUGGGGUCUUUAUUGUUCUGAUAGUGGUUACUCUGCCCGGUACAACGGUAGACAUACAGUCCCCCCUCUCCCCCUCGCUGGCUCCACCAGAGUAGGAGUGUAUCUGGACCGGCCUGCUGGCUCUCUGUCCUUCUACAGAGUGUCCCCAGGUGGAGGAGGGUCCUCAGACACACCGACACACCUCCAUACCUUCCGCUCCUCCUUCACCCAGGAGGACCUCCUCCCGGGGCUCUGGUUAGGGGUGUUCAAAAGAUUGGGGGAGGUCUCAUUGUCCUUCAGCCGGGGGUCCUCCAGGCGGUCCCCCAAGUCGGGGGUCGACUCCUCAGAGUCUCCCUCCUGGGCCCCCAGGUGGGGGGUCGACUCCUUAAUGUCUCCCUACUGGGCCCACAGGUCGGUGAUCGACUCCUUAAUGUCUGCCUACUGGGUCGACUCCUCAGAGUCUCCCUCCGGGGCCCCCAGGUCGGGGGUCGACUCCUCAGCGUCUCUGUGUCGGUUAUAGACACACACAGGACCUCCUCCCUGGGCUCUGGGGGGGGGCCUCGUGUGUGUGUGUGUGUGUGUGUGUGUGUGUGUGUGUGUGUGUGUGUGUGUGUGUGUGUGUGUGUGUGUGUGUGUGUGUGUGUGUGUGUGUGUGUGUGUGUGUGUGUGUGUGUGUGUGUGUGUGUGUUAGCAUGCGUGCAUGCGUUAUUCGAUUGCCUGGUAACCAUGGUUACUAAUAUUCAUACUGUUUCGAUAAUACAUUUGAUAGUAUUUCCCAUCUUUUCUGAGGAAGAGUUUUGUUCUAAAGUUUUGUUCAAAAGUCAAGCCCGGGCUAUGGAAGUGUUCCGGUACCACUGUCAUGCACCGACCCGAUGUCAAGUGGACCGGGUUGAAUUCACUGCGGGUCUCUCUUCUUAUAUCCAUCUCACCAAAGAUAUUUUAUUACUGUCCUUCUCAACACUCUCUGAUUUCACUAAAAGGCUGGCAGCACAUCACAGCAAUAACGACGAGAUGCGCUGUGCGUAGAGAAGAAAGAAUACCGACGUUGAAUUUGCAACUUGUUGCAACAAAAUAUUCUAAAUCUGCCCAUAUAUGGACACGCCAGAAUUAUAUGGUUCUCCCUCGCUACAAUUCUGCAUCUGUGGCUGCUGGUAAUUUAACCUCAAAGAAGUAUACUCUACGGAGCUAUUUUCAUCAUUAUUAUUAUUAUUAUUUAUUUUUUGCCGGCACAGCGAUCCGGGGCUAUUCCCAAAAGAUCCGGGGCUAUAGCCUCGAAUGCUCGAAUGCUAUAGCCUCGAAUGGGUUCUUCAAUCUGAUUGGUAGUCACACUGGAAAUUAGUUUUCCCCCCUUUUCAGUGAUAAUGUUCCCCGUUUUGAUCUCGGACGUCCGGUCACUUUAUAUCAAAUACCAGAAUAUUCUAUUACUGUUAAGCCCACUAGGAAUACUAAAACAAGCCGAAACAUGUGUCCUGUAUCCUAGCUACAUGUAUGACCGGUGAAAGAAAGAAACCGUGUGAACAUCAGGUUGGUAACUGAAUGCGCUGACAGUUCACACCACACACGCAUCUAUGAACACACACACGCAGAUAUGAACACACACACUUACUCAGAUAUGAACACACACACGCAGAUAUGAACACACACACUUACUCAGAUAUGAACACACACACGCAGAUAUGAACACACACACUUACUCAGAUAUGAACACACACACGCAGAUAUGAACACACACACUUACUCAGAUAUGAACACACACACUUACUCAGAUAUGAACACACACACGCAGAUAUGAACACACACACUUACUCAGAUAUGAACACACACACACGCAGAUAUGAACACACACACGCAUGGAUUACACACACACAUGUAUAUAUAAACACACACACACACUGGGUUUUGGUGAUUUAUAUUCAUGGACUCAACUAUAAUCCAAAUGCUACAUUUUGUUUGGCUUCUUAAAGUUGAUCUUGAUUAACCCUGAAAAUAAGAGACUUUUAAGAUCUUCCAUCAGGUUAACUUAGUUGGUUUUACAAAGACUAUAUUUCUAAUGUCAAAUGUAUUUUAAUUAUUGAUUGAUGGUAAAUUGUAACAUUUUUAAACUACAAUAUUGUGUCUAUUUUCAGACGUUAAUAGUUUCAUACGGCGGGGCUCUGAUAUCAGUUUAUAUUUUGAUAAGCCUCACAUGAUGUAAAGCAGAUUUUAUAUUAUAUUCAUAAUGCAAGCGGUCUAUGGGAAAAGCUAUAGAUCAUGUUGUGACGACUUUAAACUGAGUAUUGAUUCCUUGUGUUCUGUGGGGAACAACACAGCAGCAGAACAUGUUCAGUUAUCAAAGAUAUGUGCACACCUGUUUAUGAUUAGUAAUGUCUGCUGCUUCUGUUGUUUGAGUCCUUGUGUUUAUUGUGUUCAUGUAAGGGACUGUUCUUCUAUUGUUUGAGUUUUUUGUUUAUUGUGUUCAUGUAAGGGACUGUUCUUCUAUUGUUUGAGUCCUUGUGUUUAUUGUGUUCAUGUAAGGGACUGUUCUUCUAUUGUUUGAGUCCUUGUGUUUAUUGUGUUCAUGUAAGGGACUGUUCUUCUAUUGAUUGAGUCCUUGUGUUUAUUGUGUUCAUGUAAGGGACUGUUCUUCUAUUGUUUGAGUCCUUGUGUUUAUUGUGUUCAUGUAAGGGACUGUUCUUCUAUUGAUUGAGUCCUUGUGUUUAUUGUGUUCAUGUAAGGGACUGUUCUUCUAUUGUUUGAGUCCUUGUGUUCAUUGUGUUCAUUUUGAGGGUCUGUUUUUCUGUUUGGUUAAUAAAGCAUAAUGGUGAGAAACAACUCAGUGGAUCCACUGAAUGUUCUCUUGUGUUCAGCAGAGGAUCAGUUUAC